ACGCCACUGAAGAAAACCAAGGCCCUCAUUGGAGAGAAGGGGAUGACUUUCUCUAGCGCUUAUGUGCCAAGCGCUCUUUGCUGCCCCAGCAGAGCCAGUAUCCUGACUGGAAAAUACCCACACAACCAUCACGUCGUGAACAACACUCUGGAGGGGAACUGCAGCAGCAAGUCCUGGCAGAAGAUCCAAGAGCCAAACACAUUCCCGGCCAUCCUCAGAUCACUGUGCGGUUAUCAAACCUUUUUUGCUGGGAAAUAUUUAAAUGAGUAUGGAGCCCCAGAUGCUGGCGGACUGGAGCACGUUCCUCUGGGCUGGAGUUACUGGUAUGCCUUGGAAAAGAAUUCUAAAUACUAUAACUACACCCUCUCUAUCAAUGGAAAGGCACGGACACACGGUGAAAACUACAGUGUGGACUACCUGACAGAUGUUCUGGCCAAUCUUUCCCUGGACUUCCUGGAUUACAAGUCCAACUCGGAGCCAUUCUUUAUGAUGAUCUCCACUCCGGCGCCCCACUCACCCUGGACAGCUGCACCUCAGUACCAGAAGGAGUUCCAGAAUGUCUUUGCACCAAGAAACAAGAACUUCAACAUCCAUGGGACGAACAAGCACUGGCUAAUUAGGCAAGCCAAGACUCCAAUGACGAACUCUUCAAUCCAGUUCUUAGAUGAUGCGUUCAGAAGGAGGUGGCAAACUCUGCUCUCGGUUGAUGACCUUGUGGAGAAACUGGUAAAGAGAUUGGAUGGCACCGGUGAACUGGACAACACAUACAUCUUCUAUACCUCCGACAAUGGCUACCAUACAGGACAGUUCUCUUUGCCAAUAGACAAAAGGCAACUGUAUGAGUUUGAUAUCAAAGUUCCACUGUUGGUUCGAGGGCCUGGGAUCAAACCAAACCAGACAAGCAAGAUGCUGGUCUCGAAUAUUGACUUGGGCCCCACAAUCUUGGACCUUGCCGGCUAUGACCUGAAUAAGACACAGAUGGAUGGGGUAUCCUUACUGCCCAUUCUGAAAGGGGCCAGUAACUUAACCUGGAGGUCAGAUGUCCUGGUGGAAUAUCAAGGAGAAGGCCGUAACGUCACCGACCCGACCUGUCCUUCCUUGAGUCCUGGAGUGUCUCAAUGUUUCCCUGACUGUGUGUGUGAAGAUGCUUACAACAAUACCUAUGCUUGUGUGAGGACGCUGUCGUCACUGUGGAACCUACAGUAUUGUGAGUUUGACGACCAGGAGGUGUUCGUAGAAGUCUAUAACAUAACUGCAGAUCCAGACCAAAUCACCAACAUUGCUAAAACUAUAGAUCCAGAGCUUCUGGGAAAAAUGAACUAUCGGUUGAUGAUGCUGCAGUCCUGUUCUGGGCCAACCUGCCGAACUCCAGGGGUUUUUGACCCUGGAUACAGGUUUGACCUGCGUCUCAUGUUCAGCAAUCAUGGCAGCAUCAGAACGAGAAGGUUCUCGAAGCACCCUCUGUAGUGACAGUGCUCAGCCUCUGCAGUUGGAUCCUUGCACACCCCUUUCUCAUGAAGUGGUUGUAGUAGGAGCCCACGCCUAGAAGAGCUCUGGCCUGGCUGUUUCAAGUCUUGUUUGAAAAAUAACCCGGUCAGCUGACUUCCAGUACUGUGAAUCCAACCCUGUGUCAGAAGUGGCUGACCCUGUCUCUUCCUUCAGAUGACAACCAACACUCCUGAGGUCUUUGUCCUCUCCAUGUCCCUUCAUCUUGGGUGGGCACAGUGUGUGAUGAUCUCCCACGUGGUCAAGUCUGAAUCUGUAUAACUGUUGAGAUAAAUGGCAAUACUUUAAGGGCGGAAAGCACUAGCCCCCAAAUCAACAGCCCCUGUAUAGCAUUUCAGACUGAGCCCCUUGCCAUCAAACCACACACACAGCGCUGGGAAGAACUGUUUGUGGAGAUGUAGAGAAACGAUGUUUAUUACAUCCAUCAUGGUGUGGUAAAUGUGCAACUUGUCACCCAAGCUCUGCUCCUGUUUGCUGGAACCCUGGGAUAUGCUGAUAUGGCAGCGGGCCGUGUGGGGUCAGUCCCCCUCCCCCUGAGCUGUAGAAGCUGGCAGCACUUCAGUGGCUCCAACCGUGGUGAGUGCUCCAAAGCACCGAGGAGAAGGCGGGCCAGCACACUGCACAAGUGAGCACCAGGGUGGAUCUGGCCCUUGGGUGAGCAGGUUGGAGGGCUGCAUAUGGAAGUGCCUGUCCUGAGGAGGAUCUCAUGCAUCAGUCCACAAACGACAUCGUUGUGACUGGCUGCACUUUGCUGCCCUUGUCAUUUAAAAUAUUAGUGUCUCAUGGUUGGUGUGAAGGACCAACUGGCUACUUCCUCCCACCCCGUCUCCCCUCCCUUUCAUGUAAGCUCUUGAGUUUCCAGAGUCUUGAAUAACUAGGGUUCCAGUCAGUAUUCCCCUGUCCAAGGUUCCUGGCUGUCUAGAACCAUGUCCUCCUGUUCCUUGGCUUUUAAAGAUCAGUUCUACUCUGACAUUUCCAUGGAAGGGCCUAGUGCUGCUAGGACAGCAGGAGAAGUGUGGUUUUAGCCUGCAGUGAGUGAUCUUAGCUUUACACAGCCUCUGUUCAGCUUUAAACACUUGGGACCCACAGCUUGAAGUCACUUUAGGGAUCCCAGAGGCCAUGUUGGGGUAAUAGCCAUGGAGUUCAUUCCUUUACCUCAUGUGACCCCAACAACUUCGGUGAUACUGAGAGACAAACAGGCAAUGGAAUGGACACCUCUGCUGUGGCUGCUUUAGAGGGAAAAAAUAUUUUUAAAUUACGAAAUUGUGGGUACUGGCUUCAAUCACUCCGCUUUGAUUCUAAACACCAUCAGCCAUUAGUGAAAGUUGACCAUAGUUGUUCCCAAAUAAAAAGUAACCGGCUCAUACCAGGCCUUGGACUGUGAUGUCAUAUUCCUCAGUUUUGUGGCUGGCUCUUAGAAGCAGGUGAAGUCAGAGUGACAAGUCAGCUGCCAGUAGUGUUUCUACCUCACUGCCCUUACAUUCAGGUGACACAUGUGGGUGGUGGGACACAGUAAGGCCUUCUGUACCUCUCGGUUAUGGGACCGUUCCUGCUAACACUGGAGUGGAGCUUGGUUUACCCUAACAGACCGCAGCACGCAUGGCUUCCCACCUACAAGGGAUGCCCCUAAAGAGCCUUAUAAUCUGGACUCAAGCGAAUUUGGCCGUGUCUGCCGGUGCUCUUCAAAACAGAACGGGAAAACCGAUAUGGAAUUCGGGCUUUUGCCUUACAAGAUUUCCUGCUUUAAAACUGUCCCUCAGACACAGUUUCUCAAUCGGGGACACUUUUAGAGUGUCCUUGGGUCUAACAAAUGGUACUGUUGCAAACACCUUUUGAAUUGUCAGUGCCAGGGCUCUUGUACAAAAUAGUAAGGGUGGUUAUGGAAGUUACACCUUAACCUGUGAGAAAUAAUCCUAAACUUGUAACUAUCUACAGACAAUUUUUUUCUUUUCUUUUUUUAAUAAAAGAAAACGGGCGAGUUCCUCAAGAGAAAGCAGAGGGUACCUCAGCCGAGCACCACUGGGGUGGACGGUCCACUGCAGUCUUUAGCUCACCAGCACUCUGUUUGAUGGACUUUGUAAAUUCCUUCAUUAGCAUCACCUGUUGUAGAAGCCACUCUGCCCUGGCUCUGUCACCCACUCACUUAGGAAGUGACCUUUGAAGGACCCUGUCACUGCUGCACUUUUCAAUGAAUUAAAACGACUUCUGUUCCAUGGAAA